AUGUAUCGUCAGUCGUUCGCCCCGCCGCCGGCGCAGUCGCCUCCACUCCAUCAUCCUGUGCCUCAGCAUGUCUCUACCGUUCCUAUGAUGCGCUCACCUCCUCCACCAACUUCUCAGCAGCCUCAAUCGUCCAGCUAUGGGAACCCCUACCAACCAGCGCCCGCUCCAGGCGGCAGUGGAACGUUCGCUCCUGGCUUCGGCGGUUUCAUCAAUGAUCCUACAGCACAAAUGGGAUUCCAGGUUGGAAAGACUGCAAUGGCUGCUGGCCAAGAGUAUAUGGAACAGAAUUUCAACCGCUAUGUUUCUAUUCCGGCUCUCAAACACUACUUCAAUGUGUCGAACUCCUACGUCCUGAACAAGCUCGUCCUUGUGCUCUUUCCUUGGCGCCACAAGCCAUGGUCUCGUCAGCAAGCACGUCUAACAACAUCCUCAACGGGGCCGAAUGGCCAGAUCUCCCAGCAACAGUACUCGUCCAUGUUCCUUCCGCCCCGCGACGAUCUGAACUCUCCGGACAUGUACAUCCCUGUUAUGGCGAUUGUCACCUAUAUUCUCCUUUCCGCGAUGUUGGCAGGAUUCCGAGGGAACUUCCAUCCAGAGCUUCUGGGCUCGACGACGACAACGGCUAUUGCAGUCAUUGUGUUCGAGAUUCUCUGUCUCAAACUGGCCAUGUACAUCCUCAGCAUCAACAAUGAGUCUCAGCUGCUCGAUCUUGUGGCGUACUCCGGCUACAAGUUUGUCGGAAUCAUCGCAACCCUGGUCACAUCGGAGAUCCUGACCCCAGGAAGAGGAACUGGCGGCUGGGUUGGCUGGGUUGUGUUCAUCUACACUUUCCUGGCCAAUGCAUUCUUUCUGCUGCGAUCAUUGAAAUACGUUCUGCUCCCUGAUUCGACCAGUGAUGCAUCUAUGCGCGCCGGCUCAAUGCAUACGGUUGCCCGCUCGCAGCGCAAUCGUCGGACACAGUUCCUGUUCAUCUAUUCGUACAUCAUUCAGUUCAUCUUCAUGUGGGUCUUGAGCCGCGAGGGUCCAGUCGCAGUGUUCUCUGCUGGUGCGCGGGGUGCUGGGUCGUCAUAG